UACACAACAAAUAGCUGACGUGCGCGUCACACCAGCGGUUUUCUGCUCACGUUGAAUAUGCCUGUCUCCCCACUUUCACUUUCCUCGUCUGUACUGGAUUUGCUACUGUGUGGUGUCCCGCUCAGAGACCUCAGAGCCCUCACAGCGUUCUGCAGUUGCUGUGCCGGCAGAUCGUAAGGAGGUACUUGGUUGUCCUUGUAGCAUGUUAGCGCGUGUGUAAGCUGCUGAGUGUUGUGUUAUUCUGUGGAGCCCUACGUUUGCAAACAGGUAUCUGGGGUGUUAUUUACAUCUGUACAGAAAUAUCCAGUUAUCCUGUCGCUGGCUCAACAGUUGACCUUUCGGAGAACGUAGAAGCUAUUUCAAGGGGAAGAAUUGUGAUUGCCUUUUGUUUCUCUACUGCCGUCCUCCAGAAAUAGUGAAGACUGCUGUGGAGUGCUGAUGUAGGAGACCACGCAAGCGAACACUGCAAUGGACUCGAGCAAGAAGUUGACAAAUGCCAAUCCUCGUGCUACAGCCAACCCAAUCUCCGUCCUUGUAUUCUGGUGGAUAAAGGACCUGUUCUGGAAGGGAUAUGACAAAGAUCUGGACGUUGAAGAUCUUUAUGAUAUUCUUCCAAAUGAUCGAUCAGAGAUGCUUGGAGAUGACCUCGAAAAGUACUGGAAUCUGGAAAUCAGCAGCGCAAAAGAAAAGAACAGGAAACCUUGGUUGUUACGAGCAAUCUUGAAGGCGUUUGGUCGGUUAUACAUCUUCACUGGACUGAUUCAACUCAUCCUCUUUGUUGUGUUCAGGGUAGCUCAACCGAUUUUUUUAGGAAAAUUUAUAAUCUUUUUCAACAAGAACACAGCAGUAACCAGGGAUGAAGCUUAUAUGUAUGCAGGAGCUCUCAUCUGUACUGCCCUCUUCUCCAUUUUCUUGGCACAUCAUUCCUUCUUGGCUUGUCAGAAGAUUGGUAUGAGAAUACGAAUUGCAUGCUGCUCGGUCAUUUAUCGCAAGAUUCUGCGUCUAAGUAAAUCAGCCCAAGGGAAGACAGCUGCUGGUCAGAUAGUAAAUUUACUCUCAAACGAUGUGAACCGCUUUGACUCUGUUACCAUGUGGCUUCAUUUUGUGUGGAUCAUGCCAAUCCAGACAGUUGUCGUCACUUACUUCAUAUGGGAAGCUGUUGGUUGGUCGGCUCUCAUAGGUGUUCUUGCUAUCUUCCUUCAGACUGUCCCUGUACAAAGUUACCUGAGUAAACUGACAUCAAAGCUGCGCUUAAAUAUUGCUACACGCACUGAUGAACGAGUUCGACUAAUGAGUGAGAUUAUUUCUGGAAUUAAGGUGAUUAAGAUGUAUGCAUGGGAAAGACCUUUUGAGAAGAUGGUGCAGCUUGCUAGAAGGCAUGAAAUCAAAGUUGUGACCAGUGCUUCUUACUUACGAGGCUUGUACCUGUCCACAAUGGUUUUUUCAGAGCGUACAUCACUCUUCAUCACCCUUCUCUCAUACUCACUCAUGGGGCAUCAUAUUUCUGCUGACAAGGUGUUUGCCAUGGCACAGUUCUACAAUAUCCUGCAGUUAGCAAUGGCUAUCUACUAUCCUCAGGCAGUGCAGUUUGCAGCUGAGACCAAAGUCUCCAUAAAAAGGCUUGAGGAUUUUCUGCUUCUUGAAGAGAUGCAGAGUGUUUAUCAUGGUAAUAAUAAGGCUACCAUCAACCAUGAACAAGACCAGAAGCUGGGGGUCACCAUUACAAAUGGAUCUGCAAAAUGGACAUCUAAUUCCAUAGUUGACACUCUAACCCACAUCAAUCUAUGGGUAAAGCCAGGCAAACUCUGUGCUGUAAUAGGCCCUGUUGGCUCGGGCAAGAGUUCGUUGCUACAAGCAGUACUGGGAGAAUUGCCCCUGUCAGAUGGUUCACUCAUAGUGGGUGGUGAUGUAUCAUACAGCUCACAAGAGCCAUGGCUAUUUGUUGGAACAGUGAGGCAAAACAUUUUGUUUGGACAACCAUAUAAUCCAGAGAGGUACAAAGAAGUGAUACAAGUUUGUGCUCUGAAGAGAGACUUGGAACUAUUUCCACAUGGGGAUAAAACCAUUGUUGGCGAGAGAGGAGUAUCACUUAGUGGUGGUCAGAGGGCCCGCAUCAAUUUGGCCAGAGCAGUGUACCGGAGCAGCGAUGUGUACCUACUAGAUGAUCCACUUUCAGCUGUAGAUACACAUGUAGGCAAAUGCUUGUUUGAUGAAUGCAUCUCCAAGUUUCUUGCAAACAAAACACGAAUUCUAGUCACACAUCAACUUCAGUAUCUUCGUCAUGCAGAUCUGAUUGUCAUUCUCAAGAAUGGUAAAAUUGAGACCCAAGGAACAUACAAGGAACUGAUGGCUUCUAAAACAGAUUUCGCUCAUCUUUUGGGAGGAGGAGAUGAAGAAAUGGAAAAUGAGGAUUCACAAAGGAAAUUAAAUACCCAGUUUUCUAUACAGCCACAGUUUGAGGAGGAUGAAGAUGAAGAUGAGGAGGCUGAAGAGAAUGCUGAAUUAAUUGCGAAAGGAAAGCUGAAGGCUUCUGUCUACUUCAAGUACUUCCAGUCUGGCGCAUCAUCCUUAAUACUUAUCCUUCUGGUUCUUAUCCUCAUCAUUGGGCAGAUGGCCUCUAGUGGAGCAGAUUUUUGGGUUACAUAUUGGACAAACCAAGAGGAGCUGAAGCAGUACUAUGUUAAUAAGGUUAUUCAGAGGGAUCAAUUGAACUCCACUGACAGUCCCAUGGAGAACCUUCAGCCUAACACGACUUUUGUUGAUCAACCCACAGAAUAUUCACUAUCUAAUCUUACAGCCAGUAUUUCUCCAUCUGGGGAUUUCAUAACAUUGCUACCUUCUCUUGCUGAGACUACUGCAGUGGAAUAUGAAGAAUCAACAUCAUUUAACACCAUGUUACCAAGACUGUUAGAUACAGACACAGCCAUAUAUAUCUACUUUGCAUUCAUUUUGGGAAGUGUCUUUAUUACUUCAAUACGAUCCAUCUUCUUCUUUAAAGUGUGCAUGACAGCAUCCAAAAUUCUUCAUGACACUAUGUUUGGAAGCAUUUUAGCUGCAACAAUGAGAUUUUUUGACACUAAUCCAUCAGGUCGUGUACUCAAUAGAUUUUCGAAAGACAUGGGUGCAGUGGACGAACAGCUUCCAAAGGCAAUGUUGGAAACCAUUCAGGUGCUGCUUGUAAUGGCUGGAAUCCUGACCUUGGUUACCAUAGUCAACUACUGGCUUCUGGUACCCAUGGUUGUAAUGGCCUUCCUCUUCUAUAAGGUGCGUGGAAUAUAUUUGGCAACAGCACAAGAUGUCAAACGACUCGAAGGCACCACUCGGAGUCCUGUGUUUUCUCAUUUAUCUGCAUCUCUUAAUGGCCUGUCCACAAUCCGAGCAUCCCAAGCUCAGGAAAUGGUUAUCAAAGAAUUUGAUAAUCAUCAGGAUUUGCAUACAUCAACAUGGUUUCUCACACUGGAGACAAGUGCUGCUUUUGGCUUCUGGCUUGAUUGCAUCAGUGUAACAUUCACAGCUGUGGUGUCACUCAGUUUCUUAGUUCUUAACAUUGACACAUUUGGUGGCAAUGUUGGUUUGGCUAUAUCUCAGUCCCUUAUCCUGAAUGGGAUGUUGCCGUAUGGUAUGAGACUGGCUGCAGAUGUUAUUAGCCAGAUGACUUCAGUAGAACGAAUCCUUGAAUACACUAAGGUUGAGAAGGAAACAGAUCUCAAGAAACAUCCAGUUCAAAAGCCACCAUCUUGCUGGCCAAUGAAGGGAAUGAUCCAAUUUGAACACAUGAGCCUCAAGUAUUCCCCAGCCGACCCUCCAGUACUCAAGGACCUUAACUUCAUCAUACAGCCUGCACAGAAGGUAGGAAUUGUUGGUCGUACUGGUGCAGGCAAGUCAUCACUCAUAUCAGCAUUGUUUAGGCUAGCCCGACUAGAAGGAACCGUUAGAAUCGACAAUAUGGAUACAGCAGUGCUUAGUCUGUCAGAUUUGCGGAGUCAUAUUUCCAUCAUUCCACAGGAGCCAGUUCUGUUCACUGCAACAUUACGAGACAAUCUCGAUCCUUUUCAUGAGUUUCCUGAUGAUGUACUCUGGAGAGCUCUUGAGGAUGUUGAGCUGAAAGAGUCUGUGAGUGGAUUAGAUUUUUUGGUGAAUGAAGGGGGAAGCAACUUCAGUGCAGGCCAGCGACAGUUGGUAUGCCUGGCUCGUGCCAUUGUCAGGAACAAUAGGAUAUUGGUCCUAGAUGAAGCAACAGCAAAUGUGGAUCCACAAACAGAUGCCUUUAUCCAGAAAACCAUCAGAACAAAAUUUGAAAGGUGUACAGUAUUGACAAUAGCGCACAGAUUGAACACAAUCAUGGACUCUGACAGAGUACUUGUCAUGGAAGCAGGCACCAUGGUGGAAUUUGACCAUCCACAUUUACUGCUGCAGAACAAGAAAGGUAAAUUUUUCAAAAUGGUCCAGGAAACAGGGAAAGCUAUGGCUGAGCAAUUACACAAAGUAGCAGAGGAGGCAUAUAAGAAGAGCAACUUGAAGCAGAAGAAUACAGAUGCAUGACGUGUAAGCUGCUACUACAACAUAAAUGAACGCUGGAGAUACUCUGAUUAGGUGGUUCAAAAAUGAUUAUGACUACUUAAUCAGGGUGAAUGAAAAACCAGGAGUGUGUGUUUGUGUCCUCUGUAUGAAAUGAUUCCUUCAAAUGUUACUUUAGUUAUGGUAGCAUGGCAUGGAAGACUUAAACCUGUGAUCAGUAUUAGAAAUAGCUUUUAUACUUUAUAUAGAAUUGUUACAUGUAUUAGCACUGCCUGACAGGUAAGUAGGGAAGGUUGUCCCUCAAUGUAUUUCUUGUAUUUCUGUUACUAAGUACUAUUGUCCUGAUCAGUAAAGUCUAAAUAGAGGCUACUGCAAACACACACUCAUACUUAAAGCUGUAACAGAUAAACAAUUUUAUUUUAAUAUUUCAAAUCUAUAAACCACUACUGAAUACAAUAUAAGGUCUUUGUGUUACUGCUGGACUUGGCAUCCCAAAGUCAAAACCACUGUUGCCAAAAAAUCACUUCAGUUUUUCUCAUGCAAAGUAAAAGUAAAAUUCUUUCUACAUAGAACUUGAGGUUCCCAAAGAAGUGGGGUUUAUGAAGAGUUCUACCUUCUGCAGUUAACCCUGUGUAGCCCAUUGAGAGUCACAUGACAUUCCAGAGGAGCAUGUUAUCUCCAUCUUCAGGAGGACACGACAUGUUCCUCUGAAAUGUUGGCCGACUUUCAAUAGACUGCACAGCAUUAUGUCCCAGAAAAUAGAAGUCUUCAUCCUUUUCUACAUUUCUGUGGAAGACUUUAAGUUCUGUCUGCUUCAAAGCUCGAUGUGGAUAUUUAUAGACAAACUGUUGUUACAUCUUCAUCACAUGACAAUUUGAUAUGCUGCAUUAGCUGUUGUUUUGGCUGCUUAUAUAGCUAUGAAAAGAAAAUUAUGCCCCUUUGAUGUAUGUAGCAUUAUACUCUUGCUUUCAAAAUCUGGUCACAUAACAUUUUCCUAUAAAUAUGGUUUUGUAGAUGUAUGUCAGUAGUUGUUUUGCAGCAGAGCAGAGCAGAGCAGAGCUGAGCUGAUGCGUGAUGCUGAACAGCCAAGAGACAUAACUGUUUUUUGGAAGUUCGUUCGAAUUAAGAGCCAGUGUCAUUCAGUUUAUCUUUGGGAAAUAUUUUGGAUUGCCAACAUUUUCAUUUUGUCCAGCAAUGAACCUGUGAACUUUUCUGCUGCUGUUGUUUUACUUGAUCCUAUAAAAGCAGACUGUGUUUGAUAGCACCUUCCUCAUGGUAAAUGCUCUGUCAGUUAUGAAAAUUCUAUUCUGAAGACUAUACUCUGUUUCAAUACUGUAGAGCAGUGUUGUCUCAAGCAGAAGUAAAUAAUGUGACAUGUCAUCCCACUGCAAUUUAGUAACUUUUGAAGUAUGCAUGUGGGAGAGAAUUAUGGAGGUCCAGUUCAGUGUAGGGGGUUGUAUUUUGCUGCUUAUGGGUAAUUUUUUUUUAACUUACCAGGUUUCAUAUUCAGAAGAGAGAUGUAAGAAUUUAGGGUUCUCACAGUGGUGGUUAUGAAGGUUUCCAUCUCCUGGGAUAUGGAAGUGUACAACAGGCAGCUAUUUCGUAAAGUAUUAUGUGGACAUAAACCAGUCAUAAAUUCAUGCAGAAAGAUCAGUAUUUUAUAUUUUAUAAAAUAUAUGCUUAUCAUCAUGCCCAUGUGUCCCCAUGUCUGUGCUUGCUCUAAAAGAAACAUUCAUUUUCAGAAUCAAAGUGCAACUGUUUUCAACCAAAUGCAGCAGUCAUUCAACAAAAACAAAGAAGAGUACAAAGACAUGACUUUGUGUUACAUAUCUAAGGUUUCUUGGAAGUUCUUGCAGUUCUUUGAAAACAUUUGGUAUAGAGAUUAUUUUAAUUAGUGGGUAUGUGAAUAAGCAGCGUAUGUGUUGGUGUAACAGCAAACACCAAUAAAAUUAAGAGAUACAAUUACAUACACCAGAUGUCACUGCUGAGUGAUCAGUAAUCCUGUUUCAUAAUAGAAGGCCCUGAAUUUGAUUCUUGGCCUCAUUUCACAAUAAUGCUAGGAUAGUACCUUAAAAUCAGGCAUCCACAAAUAUGAAGUCAAAUAAUCUUUAGUAUGUUUAUUACACCAGCUUCAAUUUUACAGUUCAAAAGAAUUAUGUAUUAUUUAAACUGGAAGAACAUCUGUAUUUUAAAUGGGAAUAUUUCAGUUACAUAGAUGAUGCCUGAGACCUUCAAAUAUGCAUUAACAGUGAACCAGUAUGUGACAUCAAGACUCGUCAUUUUUCGAGAUGACUUUUUUCUUAAUGAUUAGAAGCUUGUGCAAAUACUUCAGAAUAUUAGGAUUCUGAAAUUACAUGAUUUACAUUUGAAGGUUCAGUAACUUAAUUAAAGUUCAACAGACUGCAGAUUUAUGUGCAA